AUGGAAUAUAUAACACCCGAAACACCUGUUGAGUCUGUAAAUAGUGCACGAAUAUUAUGCUGUCGUUGUUCAGCAAUUAUUGAACCCAAUCCAUCUAACAUGUGUGGACCAUGUUGGCACACCCGUGUUGAUCUUGCAGAUGGAAUAAUCAAACAAGGUACACUGUUCUUCUGCCGGGGAUGUGAAAGAUAUCUGCAACCUCCUUCGGAAUGGGUUGUGGCACCGUUGGAGUCCAGAGAACUGUUGGCACUCUGUCUUAAAAAAAUAAAGGGCCUGAAUAGGGUCAAACUUGUUGAUGCUGGUUUUGUAUAUACUGAACCACAUUCUAAGAGAAUAAAGGUAAAACUCACGAUACAGGGUGAGGUUGGACUUAACACAGUCAUGCAGCAAGUUAUUGUUACGGAGUUCACUGUUCAAAACCAGAUGUGUAGUGCUUGCCAUCGUACCGAGGCUCAAGAUUACUGGCGUGCGCUAGUACAAGUGAGGCAGAGGGCCAACAACAGGAAGACAUUUUACUAUUUGGAGCAGCUAAUACUGAAGCAUAAAGCUCAUGAAAAUACUCUUGGCAUAAAACCGAAGCAUGAUGGGUUAGAUUUCUUCUACACAUCCGAGAGUCACGCACGUAAGAUGGUAGAUUUUAUUCAGUCCGUGUUACCAGUUAAAUCACAGCAUUCCAAGAAGCUUAUAUCCCAUGAUAUCCACAGUAACAUAUAUAACUAUAAGUUUACAUUCAGUAUCGAGAUUGUUCCAUUGUCCAAGGACAGUGUUGUGUGCCUUCCUAAGAGGUUGACUCAACAACUUGGAGGGAUAUCUCCUAUAUGUUUGGUGCACAGGGUUACAAGUACCAUACAUUUGAUUGACGCUAGCAGUGGCCAAGUCUGUGACAUAUCCUCAACUGUGUACUGGCGAAGUCCUUUCUCAGCUAUAUGUAAUCCAAAGCAGUUAGUUGAGUAUGUUGUAAUGGACAUUGAUGUGUUAAAAGAACAUGAAAAGAAAUCAUUUCCUGGACAAGGCAUGGUGUCAAAUAAACAUGUUAUAGCAGAUGUGUGGGUUGUUAAAGCUAGUGAACUUGGCUUAGAUGUCAACCCUGUCCAUACUAAGACACAUCUUGGACAUAUUUUGAAACCUGGCGAUACAGUUUUGGGGUACAAUAUUAGCGAUUCAAAUGUGAACGAUGCGAACUUUGACAAAUUGGACCAAAGCGCCGUCCCAGAUGUUUUCUUGGUUAAGAAGUACUACGGGGAAAAGUCGGCCCGGAGACGCGCACGCGCAUGGAAACUUAAACACAUGGCCGAGGAGUUACACGAGGGGCUCAGCUCCACCAAUGAGGACUACAAUGAAUUCCUGGACGAUUUGGAAGAAGACCCAACGUUCAGACAGAACGUCAACAUAUUUAAGGACGAUAAAAAACUGGCUGUCGAUACAGACGAGAUCGAUCCAAUGCUACCUCGUAUUACACUCGCAGAGAUGCUGGACGAUCUGUGCAUAGAUGAUGUUCAGAUGACUGAAGUGUAA